UUCUUCUUCUCUCUCUCCUUUUCUUAUUUUAGUAUUCUCCCUUUAAUUUUCUGGUUUAGUCAUGGAGAAGCAUCACCGUCGAGAAUUGACGUUCUUGCACUCAGGUGAUUUCCUCCGACAGAAUUCUGGUGUGCCCGAUCGCAGCCUUGAUGAUUCUAGCGAUCACGUUAAACCACGCAUCAAGGAGAUGGAUUUCUUUUCUACUCAAUAUCAAUCACACGAUCAUCAUCAAGAGAGCAAGACCGAUGAUGAUGAUAAUAAUAAUAAUAAUGGAUCGUCUUUGUUUGUUGAUUCGGGUGUAAACAUUGGAUUAAACCUUCUUAGUUCAAGCCCAGGAGUUUCAAGAGCAACAAAUGAAGAGAAACCUGUUAACAGCAACGCUGAAGAGGGUGCUCUUAAAAUCGAGUUAGAAACGUUGAACGAAGAGAAUCGGAGAUUAAGAAGCACGUUGGAUCAGAUUACCAAAAACUACAAUGAACUUCAAGGUCAACUAUGCAUGGCGCUCCAAAAAAAGGCUCACCGAAAUCAAGAACAGAAGGAUGCAGUAAAUGGGAUGCCAAGUACCAUAAUGUCUGUCCAACAAUUCAUGGACCCACGGCCAUCGGCUCCAUUAGAUGUCAACGAACCUUCGGUGUCAGACGACAAGACUCAAGAACUGUCAGCAGCAUCACAAGAAAACGCCAUGGAAGUUGUCUCGAAUGAACGCGACCAUCGAAUGGUUCAAAGUAUGCCGGGAAAGCACGUUUCGAUCGACGAUGGUGGUACCGAUCAAUCAUCUCAAAGCUGGGGGUCACUCAAGAGUCCAAAGCUAGAUCAGUCCAAGAGUGAAGAACAAGGCUCUGAAGUCCCUUUUAGGAAGGCUAGGGUGUCUAUUAGAGCAAGAUCAGAAGCUCCCUUGAUAAGUGAUGGAUGCCAAUGGAGAAAAUAUGGUCAAAAAAUGGCAAAGGGGAACCCUUGUCCUCGAGCCUACUACCGUUGCACCAUGGCGGUCGGCUGCCCAGUCCGUAAGCAGGUGCAAAGAUGUGCGGAUGAUAAAAGCGUUCUAAUAACAACAUACGAAGGGAACCACAAUCACCCUCUUCCAGCAGUAGCCACAGCUAUUGCUAACACGACGUCCGCCGCAGCAGCCAUGUUGCUAUCGGGUUCAACUAAAAGCAAGGACGGCCUACCAAGUUCUGCGUACUUCCCUUCCUUGCCUUACGCAUCUUCGAUGGCCACUCUCUCGGCCUCCGCCCCGUUUCCCACCAUAACCCUUGACUUAACUCAGGGCCCGAACGCCGUCCCAUUCUUACGCCAACCACCUUCCACAGCUUCGUUCCCUUUACCUUUGCACGGUUAUCCGCAGCUUUUAGGGAACACCAUGUUCGCUCCUCCCAAGGUACCUUCAUCACCGACAAUGCAGUUAGGGCAACGCUCAGCUUCCAUGGUGGAAACAGUCACUGCAGCCAUUACCUCCGAUCCGAACUUCACCGCAGCACUAGCAGCAGCGAUUUCGACCAUUAUGGGAGCGCCACCGGGAAACAACGGAAACAGUAAAGUCAACAACGAUGAAAACAACAAUUCCUCCAAUGGGGUACCUGCGCCUGCCCUUGCAGCACCGGGAUCACCGCAGGCUCAACAGUCAUGCACCACUUUCUCCACCAAGGCAUGCAGUAACAAGCCAGGCUGAUUACUUUCAUUUUAGGGUCUUGCUUGAGCCAUGCUCAGGAUAAUGGUUACUCCCCCCCCCCUUUCUCUUUUGCACAACCUUUUGCUAAUGCUGGGUAUAAUUAAUUAGGCCGUUGGAGAGGAAGAAGUCCCCCAUGCAUCUCUUUUAUGAUCGUAUAGAAGAAUUUUCAUACAAACAGUCUAUUGAUGGUUGGUGAGUGGGUCAAUCGGCCUUACAGUUUCAAUAUUUUCCCAUGCUAAUAGCUUUAAGAAAAGGUUUUCAGAUACUUACAUAUAAAAUAGAUAAUUAUUACUGUAGAGAAUAUAAUUAUAUAUGUUGUUAAGAAUAGCGAAAGCUUAGAGUGGGGUGUAAGAAUGAAUUGGUGGAUAAACAUUUCAAGUAUUUGUUUGUGUUGGGGAUUAUUCUGAAUUUUUGACAUUAAUUAAAUAACUUUUAUGCUAUGAAGAGAUUACAUAUGUACAGUGGA